CCCGCGGCGCUGGGCGGGCGGGCGGUCCCCGCUGCGGCUCGGCGCCUUCUCUUCCUCCUCCUCCUUCUCCUCCUCCUCCUCCUCCUUCGCCACCACCUCCUCCUCCUCCGCCUGGCCGCUGCGGCGCGGGGGCUGCGGGCGGAGCGGCGGCGCCAUGAGCGGGGCGGCGGCGAAGAGCGAGAAGCUGGACGAGGCUCAGGCGCUGGCCCGCAGCUGCGCGGGCAGACCCGACUUCCAGCCCUGCGACGGGCUCUCGCUCUGCGCCACCCACAGCCACGGCCGCUGCUUCCGCCUCCACUGGUGCUGCCACCUGGGAUGGUGCCACUGUAAAUAUGUCUAUCAGCCCAUGACGCCCGUAGAGCAGCUUCCCAGCACCGAAAUCCCAGUUCGCCCUCGGGAGUCCGCAAACACCAUCCAGAUCUCCGUUUCCCUCACCGAACACUUUUUGAAGUUCGCUCCGGUCUUCCAGCCCCCUCUGCCCCCCGACUCCCCGCAGUUCUGCACAAUCGCAGACCUCUUCAUUGACAAUUACCGCGUGAAAUGCAUCAACGGGAAGAUGUGCUACGUCCAGAGGCAGCCUCCCCCCGUGCCCCACAAGAUAAAGCCCGAGGAAGUCCCCGUUCGCAAUGCCUUAAUCACAAAAGAGAGCAAUACACCCAAACCAGAUCACUGCUCGUCCCCUUCCAGCUCCGAGGACUCCGGGAUCAACGCGGUGGGGGUUCACUACAUGGAGUCGUGUGACGAGGACACGGAGGGGGUGGCCGAGCUAAGUUCAGAAGAAGAUUACAGCCCGGAUAGCAGCUGGGAACCGGACGAAUGCCCGCUCUUGUCACCCUCGCAGUGCGAAAUGGAAGUGAUUGAGACUAUAGAAACCACCGUGUGAUCCGGCAAGUUGCUAUCAGAUCAGGCCAGUUCCCACUCAGUAAUGUUGCUUUUGUAGUAUUUAUAUUUUCUGUUUUUUCUGACAAUCCCUUUUUUCCAGCGCACUCGAUAUUUCGGAUUCCUCAUGGGAGCGCGGUCACGAGACUCAGAUACUGGUGAACUAGCAGCAGCCUGAGCAAUUUUCACACGUUCUCGCCCCGAUCAGCUCUCCCACGUCUGCACGUAAGGUAGUGAUAAAUCUGAAGACUUUUAUAGCUGAAAGGGGCCCUUUUCUUGGUCUGGGUUACAUCAGACACUGCUUCUCCUAACACGGACGGGCCACUCUAGGUGUUUCCGUCUGUCGGGAUGUUUGCCACAGGCCUUCAAAGCACAGAGGGUGAGCUGGUGCAGCGCGCCUGCCAGCAGCGAAACCACGUUGCCCUUUUUCUUCCUUGCACAGCUCCGCGAGGUGCGGCGACGAGGGGCUCCUCCCGUCUCUGUCUGGCCUUGCGCGUUGUCCAUCCUUUUCUCCAGUGCCGGCGCGUCUCUUCGAAGGGUGUCGGCACGGCUCUUCCAGCGGGUUGGUGCGGCAGGCUAGAGAAUGCACAAAGUGCCUCCGACUUUUCUCCAGGCUAUGCACCGAGCAUCUGCUGAGCUAGGCCAGGCUCGGAAAGCUCCUGAGGGGGAUCGGCUGCCUGGAUCCAGCUGCUCCCUUUUUUUUUCUCCGUGGAUCUGGGGAAGGGGGAGCUGGCUUAUUGCGGCUCGGCAGGAGGGGGAGCGGGCAGAGCUGAAGCGCGGCCGUCUGACCACGACCACGCCAGACCGGGGUGUAAGAUGCCGGGCGAAGGAAGCCACUACCUCCAAACACACAAAAUCCGCCCUCGGCUUUGCCUGCUGCUUCCUCCUGGGCCGUCUGGUGCCGGACCCGUGCACUCAGGACCAAACGGCCUCAGGGCCCGCCUUUGCCUGAAGAAUAACAAAUUUUAACAAAAAGUUUCUCAGCCACACCACUGUGUCAGCAGAGCUCGGGGAGAGCACGGAGGUGGCCCAGGGGCUCGGUGGUGCGUGUGCUUGGUAAAAUACAGCCGAAGGUCACUGGAGCAGAGAGAGGAAGCUUUGGCUCCUUUGCACCCAGGUCAAGAGCAGAAUCUGAACAGGGGGUUCCUCACACGGCCGGUAAGGGCGAGCUGUCUCGCUGGCGGUUUGGUUUCAGCCCUGCUCGACAAAACAAAACGUCGUUCUCAGAGUUCAGUCAGCUUGAAGCAGUUGGAGUCAGUAAUAACUGUGUUUUCAACAGCAUUACUGAAUUUCUUUGUGUAUUUGCUGUUUACGUUCCAAAAGUCUUCGGUGAAUAUAAGGCUGUAUAAAUGUGUACAGUUUAGUGAUUGAUACUAGCUUAUAGCCGUGUUAUAGGAUGACUCAUCUCUCUCACUGUAUCCUGACAAUGUAUUACUAAUUUUAUACACUUUGUAAUCAGUAUCUUUAGAAAACGUUUAGGCAACAGUGUGUGUAUGUGCACAUGCGCGUGUGCUAGGAGUUUACCAUAAAUGGUUAUAAAGUAAUACUGUACUUUUUAGACUAACACUUUCAGACAAAAAUAAUAGGUUUUAUAGUUUUGAUGACUUACAUUAAAAAGUGCAAUGCUUGUUAAACGAGGAACUUGGGCCAUUGCAUGAACAGAUACAUUCUCACAGGGCACCUAAAAAUAAUCUGUUUUUCUGAGGGCAUUUAAAAGAAGGCUGUAGUAAAACUAAAUAGGAUUCAUUUUUUUUUUUUUUUUUAAGGGUGGGGUUGUCUGUCUUUGUUAACUAAGGUUUCUAAAACCAUUUUAGUGUCUUUUGACCAUUUGGACACAUUCCAUAGGUAGAAGGAAGCGUUAUGUAUAAACCUACAGCAUUUAUUCAUAUUUAAUCUUUCAAUUGUAAUCUAAGGGGAGAGCUGGAAAAGCUCGCUCCGGGGCCUGGCCUGCCUGCGUGUCCUCCCCCGAGGCGGCUUCUCCCUCCCGGCGGCUGCGGGCGCAGGGACGGGCGUGGGGGGCUUAGCACCCAAGAUCCUGUGGUCUCGCAGGUUCCUGUCACUGGCGUCAGGAUACAUUUCUUUCUUAACUGUAAGUAAUUAGCAAUAUUCACAAGCUGUGAGUGUCUCCUACCCGGGAUUUGGUCAGAUGUCUUAAGCACAAUUAAGUUGCCUCUUCCUUCUGUUGUACCCGCAAAACGUCGGUGGAGCAGCCUGGCGUGGGACAGGGCGAGUUCUGGAACGCGUUGCGGCAGCCAGCACGGGGGCAGGUUUCUCACUGUGCUCCAGCGCGCGCCCCAGGUCAGAAACACGCUCCUCACAGAAACGUGAUUUCUUUUCUUUGCACAAACACCGCGUGGACGUGCUGUAAGAGACGUGCCCCGGGCUCCUUACUCCACUCUGCCAGGGAGAGGUCUGUAUAUUUUCCUCUUUAAUAAAAUACUGAACAACUGAA